UACAGCAAUCCGCCUAUCGAUAUCGACAGAAUGGCGCGUUUUUUUUUUAAUAUAUAUUUUUAAUAUAUAAAUACCAGCCUGCCUUGGUAUACAAAAGUAAAAGCUUGCAAAUAAUAUAAAACCUUUGUUUUUACUUCUUGAUUUGUUUAAAAUACGUUUCAUGUACCAAACUGCGAACUUAUGGGGCCUUAAAUAUUCCUUAGGAAUUCGUAAAAGAAAAAGACGGCUUUUGUUUCUUGAAAAUAAAAUAACAUUGGACACAUUUAUGAUGCCAUGCCUAACGACGCGAUAAUCAAUUCGGGCCCCUACGAAGUGGGACGCCUUCGCCGCCGGCGGGAUCGGCGGGUGGCGGAGUACCUCUUCAGGCGUUCCAUCCGCACCAGCAAUCCGGAGCCCGAGAUGAGCGCGUGUCGCCUGAUCAAACUGCUGCUCUACCUCACCAUAUUUUAUGUGGUUUUGGGCGCCUUUGCGACCGGAUUGGUCCUCCUACUUAUAGAGCAUCACAUAUUACCGGAUAUGCCGGGAUCCAAGAAGUUCCCCGGGUUAGCAUCCGCGCCCGGAAAACCUGUGGGCGAUGAGAAGCAAAUUGUGUGGAGCCCGAGGAACGAGAAGGAGCUGGGUAUCAUUCGGCGCGAGAUGUCGCAUGUGAUGGAUCCAUACGGUCUCAUAGGAAUGAAGCGUAUGAUGGGCUGUAACCUGGACGACAGCUGGGGCUAUAUGACCUCGAGACCCUGCAUUCUAUUGAAGAUCACCCAGGCACUGGGCUUCCAGGCGGUCACCUACGAUGACGCCUUGACGCUGCCCGACUACGCUCCGGAUGAACUUUUCGACUAUGUGGUGGGCUUGGGCACGGAGGAUCGCUUAAACCGCAUCUGGUUGUCUUGCCAGGUUAUGGAGCCGGGACUGAACAUUCAGUUUGACUACGUUCCGGAUCGCUUCUUCGAUGCCGUAGAACUCUUCACCUCUGGCAAUGUCUUUCUGAACGAGUCCUCGGAUAACGAUGGCGGUACUUACAAGGAGGAUCCCCGCUAUAGGCGCAUCAUCGGUGUUCAGCUUAGCAACAUUCCGCCCAACCGGAACAUCAAAAUCCACUGCAAGGCCUGGGCUAAGAACAUCCCACUCUACAUGGUAACGAUCAAGUUCCUGGUCCGCCUGGCGGCACCUGUGCAUCCAACCACUCCACUGGUACUGGACGAGUGGUACGAGUGAGAUCUGCUGGCGUAAUGAGGGGAAGUGAUGGGUUCAUUUAAUGUUAAAUGUUAUCACCUAACAAAAUGGUAAUUAAAGAUUCCAUUUGGAGAAGUA